AUGCUGUCACCUCUGUUUAUCAAUAAGUUAGCAUUGCCUAACCUUGCCACAAUUACCCAGUAUCCUGCCUUGACUGUUGGUUUGUCAGUUUUCACGUUUUUGUUGCUAGUUAUCGAUCUUUGUUCAAAUCAAGCGUUGAGUCAAAAGUUCUCAUUAUAUCCAAAUGCUCCAUUCGAAUUCGAUUUAAAUCGUCUUUCGUUCUACUUGUUGUUCCAUCGUGGCUUUACCCACUGGUUAUUAAACGUCGUUGGAUUAUUCUCCCCAUUGGCUAUAUUUGAAAGAACUAACGGUACGGUUUUCACAGGCGUUACCCUUAACGUGUUAGCUGUUACCGCAGGUUUACAAUUCUGUAUUGUCGGAAAGCUCUUAUAUCCUAACACCCAAGUUAUUGGGUUAUCUGGAGUGGUCUUCCUGUUUAUGAGUUUCAUGGCAUAUAAGGAGCAUCACACUACUCCAGUGAUCUACACGUUCAAAUACCAAGGGUCGGAAGUAUCAAUUCCUACGUUGUACUCACCAUUUAUCUUCUUGAUAGUCUGUAUGGUUUUGAUUCCAGGAUCGUCGUUUUGGGGACAUUUGGCUGGAAUUUCUUCUGGCUAUUUGUUGGCAUUAGGAUAUAUCAAAUUUUUAUACCCACCACUGAAAGCUAUAUUAUUCAUCGAAAGAAAAUUACAAACUCCAAUCAAUGCGUUGCGCUCUUUAGUGGUGUAUUACAAAGAAGAAGAGGCUAUCGAACAAAGGGGUGUUAGCUAUAACCCUCUCUUGAGUAGUGAUCCUGAGUCUGCUCUCAACGAUAUUCCUGUUACCACAGGAGCAAGAACCAAUUCUUUUGCAGGAGAAGGCCAAGUGUUAGGAGCAACUUAA